CUGCAUAAAAACUACAAAAAUCGAAUAUUUGAGAUCACUAGUUUCGCGUCGUUGCAAUUAGCAGUUCGUUUCACAAUGACUCGUUUAACCUUGUUCGGUUUGACUUUAAUUGUCGUAGUGUUGAGCAAUGUCGCGUUGGGACUUUUGUCGCCAAAACUCAAAAAGUACUCCGUAGACCCGAAAUCUGUAACUGUUUCGGGAAUUUCGUCCGGCGGGGCGAUGUCGUCACAGUUUCACUAUAUUUACUCCAAUGAGGUUAAGGGGGCCGGAAUUUUUGCUGCUGGUCCCUAUUUGUGUGCUUAUGAAGGGGUCGGGGCUGCCAGCGUGUGCAUGAUGACACCUGCCUUGGAAAACCUGCCGGCAUACAUCGCACAAGCUGAUAAGUAUUCUGCGGAGGGUAAAAUUGCACCCACGUCCAAUUUAGCGGCCUCCAAAGUUUACAUUUUCCAUGGUUCGUUGGAUAUCGUGGUCCAACAAGGGUCCGGCAAGAAGCUGAAGGAAAUGUAUGAUCAUUACGGAGCCGAUGUUCAUGCAGAAUUCAGCAUUGCGUCGGGUCACGGACAGCCAGUUAACAACGGGCUUGGCGGGCCAUGCGCAUUGACCAACCCACUUACCAAAUUUGUCAACGAAUGUGGUUACAACGGUGCCUACGAGAUGUUCAAGUGGCUCUAUGGUGACAGCAUUGUCGCACCGGCGCCAGGAUACAGAGCUGAUGGUGAACUAGUGACAUUUGACCAGUCCGAAUUUUUCCCAUUGCUCCAACCAAAUUCCAUGGCCAGCAAGGGAUUCAUGUACGUCCCAAAAAGAUGUAAGGAUGGUUCCAAGGUGUGCCGAUUCCACAUUGCCUUUCACGGCUGCAUGGCUAACGAGCAAACUAUCGGUCGAGAUUAUGCUACAAAAUCGCAAUACGACGACGUGGCAGAGUUGAACGAUAUCGUAGUGUUGUACCCCCAAACGACCGUCAGUUUCAUUAGCCCGUCAGCAUGCUGGGACUGGUUCGGUUACACUGGAAAGGAAACUUUUGCCACCAAGUCUGGUGCACAACCGGGCGGUGUGUACAAGAUGAUGAAGCGUGUGAUAACCGGAGCCUAAAAACUUGAUGAUUGUAUGCAAAAGUGGUAAAUUAAAUACACAGAUACACAGACUUGAUAAAAAAUGUUUGUUGAGUUACAUCGACUGAAAUAUUUUGACAAAAUUACUACCAUUCGAAAUAAUAAAUCAAUCAGUGAAUGAUCAUUUAUUCGUU